GCGGGCUCAUUUCUGAUUUCAACAACAACACGAACAUUUUUGUAAAAGUUUUUUGAUUUCUUCUCAUUUGAACAAUGGUUGAUCCUACUUGAAUCAAUCCUARUAGAAAGAUAUGGGUCAGAGCUAUAGCUUUGCAUCGAAAAUAUUACAAGACCAYGCUCUUGUGUUACGAGAUUURGCAAUUCUUAGUCAUGGUGGACUUCUAGAUACAGUGAAACACAUAAACAAAAUAUUAGACAACUUUUCUGGUGAUAGUGUCCACCAGAUAUUGUUUGCAGUUAAAGAAUUAUCAGAUGAAAACUACUUAUGGAAAGCUACAGUCCGGAUCUAUUGUUAUAAAAUUGAAAAAUCAAGUGGGCUGGUAAAAACUAGGAAAGUGCUWGACCUGAGACAGUUUUGUAAGGUUUACAGAGAUGUCCUCCGUCAAGUACGAUGUACAAAAUGUAUCGGUGAUAGYGAAGAAUGGGAACAAGUGGAUGAAAAUGGAGAGGCAUAUGAUAAAAUCAAUCUAGAGCAAGCAAGAGAAGCCUUGACAGUAUCAAUGAUCAUUACCAGGGUUGACGAGGCCAUGAAAAAACAAGAUGAUGAAAUAGAAGAGUGUUGUAUAUGUCUUGAACGGCAAUCUGAUGUCAUAUUAGCCUGUGUGCAUUGCUUCUGCAAAGUGUGCAUUGAAAAAUGGAGUGAUUCUCAUGGCACUUGCCCAGUCUGUCGCGUUGAAGUCAARACAGAUGAUUCAUGGGAAAUUCCUGAGAUGCCAAGUAAAGGAGAGAUAGCUAGUUACGUGAUGGACCUUGCCGAGGGAGCUGGCUCUAGUACUUCUAAUUAAUGUAUAAAUGUAUUAAAUGGUAUUAAACAUUUUACUAUAUCUCAAA